GCAGAGUUAGGGAGGUGGGAGCGAGCAAGCGCAAUUUGAUAAUGCCAGGCAAACAGAGUGACAGAGAUUUCGAUGGAUCGAUGGAUCGGUCGUCGAUCGAUGGAGUGAUCAGGCUCGGAACGGGGCGGCUGGAAUAACAACAGAUCGGCUGCUUUGGAGAUUCAGGAGGAGAACGGGGAAGUGUGUGAGAAUGGCGGGAAAGACAGAGGUCGGAUUGGUCUUGCUGGGCGUGCUGGUGCAUUCCGCGUACAUGCUCAGUAUUUUUGACAUUUACUUCAAGACCCCAAUAAUUCAUGGCAUGGAGCCUGUUGCGCCUCGGAUCGAUGCACCUGCCAAACGACUCGUGCUCUUUGUUGCUGAUGGAUUGCGGGCGGACAAGUUUUUCGAGCUGGAGGAUGACAAACCAAGAGCUCCUUUUCUGCAUAGUAUCAUACACAGCAAAGGACGCUGGGGUGUUUCCCAUGCUAGACCCCCGACAGAGUCUCGUCCUGGUCACGUCGCCAUCAUUGCUGGGUUUUACGAAGAUCCGAGUGCUGUUACGAAAGGCUGGAAGGCAAAUCCUGUGGAGUUUGACUCUGUAUUCAACAGAAGUAGGCACACUGUAUCAUUUGGAAGCCCAGACAUUGUUCCAAUCUUCUGCGGAGCCUUGAGUAACACGAACUGGGAUACUUAUUCGCAUGAAUAUGAGGACUUUGCUACAGAUGCAUCUUUUCUGGACGAUUGGGCUUUUGACAAAUUCCAGGACCUGCUUAACAGGUCGAGAACCGAAAGUGAUCUGAGACAAAAGCUUGAAGGGGACGGUUUAGUUGUGUUCCUGCAUUUACUCGGCUGUGACACCAAUGGGCAUGCUCAUCGUCCCUACUCUCCCAUCUACCUGAACAAUAUACGCGUCGUAGACAAAGGAAUAGAGAGAACGGUGCGGCUGAUGGAAGAAAUUUUUCCCGAUGGACGAACAGCAUAUGUCUUUACUGCUGAUCAUGGAAUGAGUAACAAAGGAAGUCAUGGUGAUGGAGACCCUGCAAAUACUGAGACUCCUUUGGUUGCUUGGGGAGCUGGCGUUAGAGGACCAAGUCGAGCGAAGCCUCAUCAAGAAAAGGAAGAUAGCUUUAAAUUUGUCGAUGAACACAGUCAUCAUAUGGAAACUCCUGAUGGUUGGGGUCUGAAAGGUUUGGAGCGUCUAGAUGUCAAUCAGGGUGAUAUAGCGCCCCUGAUGUCUAGUCUUCUUGGACUACCUUGCCCCAUGAACUCGGUCGGCGUUGUACCAACGGACUACUUAGCUCUUGGAAAGGUUGAGCAAGCGGAAGUUGUCUUCGCAAAUGCCAAACAAAUUCUUAAUCAAGUUCUACGCAAGUCAGAUUUGAAGCAGGCGUCAUCUCUCUUCUUCAAACCCUUUCCACCGUUGCUAGACUACAGCAGCUUGUUGGAACAGAUUGAAAGAGAUAUCGCUCAAGGUCAAUACGAAUCGGCUAUAGAGAGUGGACACAAUCUUAUUCAGCUCGCACUAGCUGGACUACAUUACUUUCAGACCUACGAUUGGCUGUUUUUGAUGACCACAAUCGUGGCCGGUUAUGUGGGCUGGAUGCUGUAUAUACUUCUGCAUUUACUGAAAACUUACUCGACUAUCUCAUUCCAGCAAAACAAACGCAACGUGCGGGUGACUGGAAAUAGCAGAAGACAUAUACGUAUUGCUGGAGGAACUUUGAUGGGAGUCUGCUCGAUAGUUCUUCUUGUUGAACUGGCACCACCACUGUAUCAUGUCUACCUUGGGUUGGCAGUUUUCUUUUGGACAGAAGUUCUAGGUGAUACUACCAGUAUACUGAAAGUCAUCAACAUACUUUUCUCCUCCAAACUUUCUUGGUUCACCAAGCUCUUUGCAAUGGCGGCCACUUCCUUGUUGGUAAUGGAACUUUUGGUCCAAAGUUUUUUCCAAAGAGAGGUUUACACAGCAGUUUUUGUAGCUGCUGGUGUGAUAGGUGCGGUGGCUGUCUCAUGGAACACUCCCGGUCUUUCCAUGGUACCGGCCUUUGUUUGGGCAGCAUGCUGGUUUCUCGCUGGUUUCACGCUUAUGCCGGUGCAAAUAGCUGACAACACUUACCUUGUUGUGGGAAGUGGACUCGCUGUUGUCACCCUCGCAGUUUUUGCAAGGUGGAUUGAUUCUAGACAAUCGAAACUUCUAUUUUGGCGACCUCUAGUGUGGGGCUACUCGCGCAGAGUAGACAAAAGCUGGAUACUUUUUGCUUUGCAGGUGUCGCUCGUUGUAGCUUCAUCCAUGAUGGUCUGGAUAACUACUUCACAUAGAGAGAAUCAGAGAAAAUUGCCGAUGAUUUAUCAAGUCACAAAUUGGUCUAUUUCUGGAGUUUCUAUGUUGUUACCCUUGUAUUCUCCUCGGAGCAUGCUCACACGACUCACUUCAAUAUACCUCGGCUUUGCUCCUCCCUUCCUACUACUUUCUAUCGGAUAUGAGUCACUCUUUUACACAGCAUUGGCGAUGGUGCUGUUGUCUUGGACUCUCGUGGAAUCCGCUGUUCUGUUCGGUCCAUCAGGUGAAAUUGAGUCUUUACCUUCACAUGAUGUGGAGGAGAAGUACUCAAAGACACGAAGACAGUCUCUUAAGCUCAUGGAUGUGCGAGUAGCCGUAUGCUUCCUCAUUUUGAUCAACGUUGCCUUUUUUGGCACUGGAAACGUGGCCAGUGUUGCCAGUUUCGAAAUAUCUUCUGUUUACCGCUUCAUAACAGUAUUCAAUCCCUUCAUUAUGGGGGCUUUACUCCUGUGCAAAGUUUUCAUACCUUUCAUCCUCGUGACGUCUGCGUUUAGUGCAGUAACGCGUCUGCUGACACUUCCCAGAUUUGGCUGCUAUCUUCUAGUUCUAUUACUGUCCGAUGUGAUGACCAUUCACUUUUUCUUCCUUGUACGAAAUACUGGUAGCUGGUUAGAUAUUGGCCAAACUAUAAGUCAUUUUGGAAUAAUGAGUGCACAGGUUGUCUUUGUGUUAAUUCUCUUUGCGAUAACAAGUGUCUACACCCGAGAUUUACAAUGCGCCUCUGAACAGGCUUCCUUCGACGUUGUAAGUACAUCAAAAUUCAAAUAAAGUUUAGAAAGAAUCCAACUAACAUGGACUGAG